AACUGUAUUCUACAACUGCUUCAUCUCUUAUUUUCUAUAUAUUGCUGUAUGCUUCUACCGUCAUACCGAAUGCACCAACACGAGAUCGUGGCGGAACCAGGUUCGAAACCGACCUUUCGAGCACCAUAUCGGCUAAGCCCCACAGAACUAGCCGACAUGAAGAAACAGAUCGAGUAUCUCCUCGCCAAAGGACUCAUCCGACCAUCCACUUCGCCAUACAGUACCCCAUUACUCUUCACACCGAAACCAGACAGAAGCCUGCGCAUGUGCAUCGACUAUCAGGCUCUCAACAAGCAGACCAUCAAGAACAAGUACCCGAUUCCACGAAUCGAUGAUCUACUUGACCAGCUUCGGGGAGCCACGGUAUUUUCAAAACUAGAUCUGCGGUCCGGAUACUGGCAGAUAAGAAUGGCGGAUGAUUCCGUUCACAAAACUGCCUUCCAAACUCGGUACGGAUCGUACGAGUAUCUGGUAAUGCCGUUCGGACUCACUAAUGCACCUGCAACGUUCCAAGCAGAGAUGAAUCAUAUCCUACGCCCACUCUUGGACGAAUGCGUGGUGGUGUACCUGGACGACAUCCUCGUCUACUCGCGCGACAUGCACCAACACGUCGAGCACCUACGACGCGUCUUCGAAAUUCUUUGACGAGAACGAUUCUACGUCAAAC